GCAGCGCAUGAGCCCUGCUCGGCUCCGGCGCGUCUAUUAUGCUGCCGGGGCCGGCGAGCCAAAGAGGAGCCGGCCGCGCGGGCCGGGAGGGGACGGCCGCCGGAGCCGCGAGGCCAACUGUCGCCUGGUUGGGCCCGGAAAUGGGACGUCGCGCCUCCUCAGGGAGCGUAGAAGCAGCCAGGGCCUCUCCAAGCCGCUGCUGUGACAGAAAGUGAGCGAGCUGCCGGAGGAUGUCCACCACCACGACAGUCGCCCCUGCGGGGAUCCCGGCGGCCCCGGGCCCUGUGAACCCACCCCCCCCGGAGGUCUCCAACCCCAGCAAGCCUGGCCGCAAGACCAACCAGCUGCAGUACAUGCAGAAUGUGGUGGUGAAGACGCUCUGGAAACACCAGUUCGCCUGGCCCUUCUACCAGCCCGUGGACGCAAUCAAAUUGAACCUGCCGGAUUAUCAUAAAAUAAUAAAAAACCCAAUGGAUAUGGGGACUAUUAAGAAGAGACUAGAAAAUAAUUAUUAUUGGAGUGCAAGCGAAUGUAUGCAGGACUUCAACACCAUGUUUACAAAUUGUUACAUUUAUAACAAGCCCACAGAUGACAUAGUGCUAAUGGCCCAAGCCUUAGAGAAAAUUUUUCUACAAAAAGUGGCCCAGAUGCCCCAAGAGGAAGUUGAAUUAUUACCCCCUGCUCCAAAGGGCAAAGGCCGGAAGCCAGCUGCGGGAGCCCAGAGCACAGGUACGCAGCAAGUGGCGGCUGUGUCCUCUGUCUCCCCAGCAACCCCCUUUCAGAGCGUGCCCCCCACUGUCUCCCAGACGCCCGUCAUCGCUGCCACCCCUGUACCAACCAUCACUGCAAACGUCACGUCGGUCCCAGUCCCCCCAGCUGCCGCCCCACCUCCUCCUGCCACACCCAUCGUCCCCGUGGUCCCUCCUACGCCGCCUGUCGUCAAGAAAAAGGGCGUGAAGCGGAAAGCAGACACAACCACUCCCACGACGUCGGCCAUCACUGCCAGCCGGAGUGAGUCGCCCCCGCCGUUGUCAGACCCCAAGCAGGCCAAAGUGGUGGCCCGGCGGGAGAGUGGUGGCCGCCCCAUCAAGCCUCCCAAGAAGGACCUGGAGGACGGCGAGGUGCCCCAGCACGCAGGCAAGAAGGGCAAGCUGUCGGAGCACCUGCGCUACUGUGACAGCAUCCUCAGGGAGAUGCUAUCCAAGAAGCACGCGGCCUACGCCUGGCCCUUCUACAAGCCGGUGGACGCCGAGGCCCUGGAGCUGCACGACUACCAUGACAUCAUCAAGCACCCGAUGGACCUCAGCACCGUGAAGAGGAAGAUGGAUGGCCGAGAGUACCCAGACGCACAGGGCUUUGCUGCUGAUGUCCGGCUGAUGUUCUCGAAUUGCUACAAAUACAAUCCCCCAGACCACGAGGUGGUGGCCAUGGCCCGGAAGCUCCAGGACGUGUUUGAGAUGAGGUUUGCCAAGAUGCCGGAUGAACCCGUGGAGGCACCGGCACUGCCUGCCCCCGCAGCCCCCAUGGUGAGCAAGGGCGCUGAGAGCAGCCGCAGCAGUGAGGAGAGCUCUUCGGACUCGGGCAGCUCGGACUCGGAGGAGGAGCGGGCCACCAGGCUGGCAGAGCUGCAGGAGCAGCUGAAGGCCGUGCACGAGCAGCUGGCCGCCCUGUCUCAGGCCCCAGUAAACAAACCAAAGAAGAAGAAGGAGAAGAAGGAGAAGGAGAAGAAGAAGAAGGACAAGGAGAAGGAGAAGGAGAAGCACAAAUUGAAGGCUGAGGAAGAGAAGAAGGCCAAGGUGGCUCCGCCUGCCAAGCAGGCCCAGCAGAAGAAGGCUCCUGCCAAGAAGGCCAACAGCACGACCGCGGCCGGCAGACAGCUGAAGAAAGGCGGCAAGCAGGCAUCUGCCUCCUACGACUCGGAGGAAGAGGAGGAGGGCCUGCCCAUGAGCUACGAUGAAAAGCGCCAGCUUAGCCUGGACAUCAACCGGCUGCCUGGGGAGAAGCUGGGCCGGGUGGUGCACAUCAUUCAAUCUCGGGAGCCCUCGCUCAGGGACUCCAACCCCGACGAGAUAGAAAUUGACUUUGAGACUCUGAAACCCACCACUUUGAGGGAACUGGAGAGAUACGUCAAGUCUUGUUUACAGAAAAAGCAAAGGAAACCGUUCUCAGCAAGCGGGAAGAAACAGGCAGCCAAGUCGAAAGAGGAGCUAGCUCAGGAAAAGAAGAAGGAGCUGGAAAAGCGUCUGCAGGACGUCAGCGGGCAGCUGAGCAGCAGCAAGAAGCCCGCCCGGAAAGAGAAGCCCGGCUCAGCACCCUCAGGGGGCCCGUCGAGGCUCAGCAGCAGCAGUUCCUCCGAGUCUGGGAGCAGCAGCUCCAGCGGGUCCAGCUCUGACAGCAGCGACUCAGAAUGAACUGGCUUCGGACAGAACAGGACAGAUGGAUGUCGCACACGCCGAGACUGCCGUACCCCUCUGUGGUUCAUAUACUACUUUUAUUCCAUGGUGUGCAGGUCUGCUUCUUAAUUCAGUGUUAUGAUAUCUUCCAGUUUUUGCUUUCAUAGGUCAGAGAUCUAUCUUGUGUGUGCGUUAGACUUGAUGAGAAGGUGUGAACUCUGCAGAAAGUCUCUUCUUCGUCACUGAAUUCAGUCACUUGGAGAUGACAACUUCAAAUGCUAACCCGAUGACCCCAGAAAACCGUGUGAGAUUCGUACCGAAGAACCUUGUGGAAUCCCUUUGCUUAGGCCCAACCUGGUCGAUAGCUCGAGAAAGAAUUUCUUCCAAGGAAACGUCUCGGACAUGGGUACUGUAUUUGAAAGCUGUUAGCUCUGUCAACACACAUCGUCCUUGUCAUUUGGGCCCCGAGCUCUGACCCUCGUGUCUGACGUGGGCACCUCUUUCUGGGGGGCGCUGAGGACAGAUGUGCCUGCUUGUGGAGACCAGGCUGGGCCUAAGCGAAGGGUCAUCGCAGCCCCAGCCCGGAGCGUGGAGCCUUUGGGGGGUGGUCGGGUGGGAUGUGCGUUCUCCGCUCGUGGUGAUGUCACGAGCUCCUCGGAGGGAACAGAGCGGCUGUGUGUGCAGCCUGCAGGUUUCCAUACACUGAAGCUUUUACCUCAACUUUAAAAAAAAAAAGAAGAAAAGAUUAAAAAAAAAAAAAGGAGACUUUUUUUGUAAGGUUCGGCAAUUUUCUACGGAAGUCCAGCCCGCUGUGAGUCCCUGCCUGGCUAGCGCUGCCCCUGCUGCUGCUGCUGCUGCGCCGCCCUUGGGAACCACUUCCCGAGCUUAUGUGUAUAUAAAUAGUUAUUUAUUAACAUCAUUGGUCAUUUUUUUUAAAAAAAGAAAAAACCGCAGAAGAAAUGCAUUCACACAAUCGCAGAGAUGCAGGCCUUGUCAGUGGUGUGCCGGGCCCGGAUCCUGUCUGGCGGCGGCCUGUUGUCUCCAGGUGCUAACUCCUGCCACCGCGCGGUGCUCACCCACGUCUGUUCGCGCGCUCGCCCCUGGGUUUGUUGGGUUUUUUGGUUUUUUUGUGGGGUUUUUUUUUUUUUUUUUGUAUGAAACUUGGAGGCUUACAGGUAUAGACAGCUUUCAGCUACAGCACAUUCUAAUUUUUUAUUUUGUUUAGUUCUUUUGUAUUCACUUCUGGUCUCUUUAAGACUGUUUUAAAAGAAAUCAAUUUAGGGAACCCCAGUUAUAUAAUAUAAACUUUGUAAUCUGAGAGAAAAAAUGUAUAGUAAAUCUAAGUCUUGAUUUUUAACUUUCUAUUGUAAAAAAUAAUAAUAUACAGAGUUUAAUAGAAGGUGAUGUUUUGGUUUUGUUUUCCCAGAGGCUGCCAUAUGGCCUUUGAGUACGGGGAUGCCCCAAACUGGCCCACCAGUGAGCACGGUGGCUCCGGCCAGGAAUGCCAGGGUUAGCCUCCAGGGGCCUGGCCAGGCCCUCCCCAGCCUGUCUGCCCUCCCCAGGGGUGGAGGAGUCUCUGGGCCCCAGGAGGACUCCCUCCCGGCGACUCGCACGGUGCUCCCUGCUCACAUGUUGUCACACUUAGUCCAGAAAUAACUGAAACCAGGCAUUCUCCCGGACCUCGGCGUCGGGGAGCCUCCAGGCAGAUGCUGGGUAUGGAGCUGUGGUAUGAUCUGUCCUGUAUGGUGGCCAGUGCUUUCUGCCAGCAUUUCUGGAUGGAUAUAGGGACUAUCAUUAGUAUCCUAAUACCUGGUGAUUUAAAAAAAAAAAAAAAACCAUAAAAUUGAUUCAGAGUCCACUGACCCUUACAGAUGUAGGUAUACCCUUACCGGAGAGGGGACUCUGAUGAGGAAAUGCUGGUAAAUUAUCAUUUUUUAAAUUGCUGGUGAGUCUGACACUUGGUGAGUUUUCAGCCAGUUUGUUAAGCUUUUAAUUAAGUUUUGUUUAUAAUAAAAAUAUAAAUGGA